AAUCAGGCACACCAGAGCUCUGCAGAUACAUAACACACAGCAUUUCUGUAUUUAAGUCAGGAACAGCCCACCCUGGUCUGUCUGAACUCCCAACUAUCCUCUGUUGUUCCUUCUUUAUUCUUUCAGCUACCGUCAUCUUUCAAAUCGCCAGGAGCCUUACCUGAACGAACAUCUGGAGCUCGUCUUUCCUGGCCCGCGGACAACCCAAGCUUGCAUAUACCAUUGUACACACCCUUGCCACCGUCCCCUGCAGCUCGAUUUUUCCGAAUAGACCAUCUCCUCAUAUUGCCAUUCUGGGCACCAGGCAAUAUGGCUGAAGUUGCUGAACAAUCGUCCAACACUCUGGUCACCAACGGUGGUGGUCAGAGCGCCUCCCACGAUAUUCCCGCGGAUGGCACUGGUGUACUCUCAAUCGACCCAUGGCUGUCUCCAUUCCAAGACGCCCUCAAGAGGCGCUUCUCCAAAGCCAAGGAGUGGAUCAAGACAAUUGAUGAGACCGAAGGCGGUCUGGCUCAAUUCACAAAGGGUGCCGACACGUUCGGCCUGCACGUGGACAAGAACAAUAAUGUCGUCUACCGGGAGUGGGCGCCCAAUGCCCAACAGGCUUUCCUGAUUGGAGACUUCAAUGGUUGGAACCGGGAUUCUCACUCGAUGAAGAAGAAUGAGUAUGGAGUGUUCGAGAUCGUUGUUCCUCCCAACGAGCACGGCCAGGUCGCUAUACCUCACAAUUCUAAGAUCAAGAUCUCGCUGGUCCUCCCAAGUGGAGAGAGGAUCGACCGUCUCCCCGCCUGGAUCAAGUACGUCACCCAGGAUCUGUCUGUAUCGCCUGCAUACGACGCCAGGUUCUGGAAUCCCCCUUCUGAGGAGAAAUAUGUCUUCAAGCACUCUCGGCCCAAGAAGCCUGAGAGUGUCCGUGUAUAUGAGGCACACGUCGGCAUCUCAUCCCCGGAACUCCGGGUAGCGACGUAUAAGGAGUUUACCAAGAACAUGCUCCCUCGUAUCAAGGGACUUGGUUACAACGUCAUCCAGCUCAUGGCCGUCAUGGAACAUGCGUACUAUGCCAGCUUUGGGUACCAGGUCAACAAUUUCUUCGCCGCGAGCAGCCGGUACGGCCCUCCCGAGGACCUCAAGGAGCUCAUCGACACAGCGCACAGCUUGGGCCUGGUUGUUCUUCUGGACGUCGUCCACAGUCACGCUUCCAAGAACGUUCUCGACGGGCUGAACGAGUUCGACGGUACAGACCAUCAGUACUUCCACUCGGGAGGCAGGGGCCGUCACGACCAGUGGGACAGUCGGCUUUUCAAUUACGGUCACCACGAAGUCAUGCGGUUUCUCCUGAGCAAUCUCAGGUUCUGGAUGGAUGAGUAUCAGUUUGACGGUUUCCGGUUUGAUGGCGUGACAAGCAUGCUAUACCUCCACCACGGGAUGGGAACUGGUUUCUCUGGUGGCUACCACGAAUAUUUCGGCGCCGACGUGGAUGAGGAAGCUGUAGUGUAUCUCAUGCUGGCCAAUGAGAUGCUUCACGAGCUAUACCCAGAAUGCAUUACAGUCGCGGAGGACGUGUCUGGUAUGCCAGCACUCGGCCUGCCGCUGUCUUUAGGAGGUGUCGGUUUUGACUACCGCCUUGCCAUGGCCAUUCCAGACAUGUGGAUCAAGAUCCUCAAAGAACAGAAAGAUGAGGAGUGGGACAUGGCCAACAUCUGUUGGACCUUGACCAACAGACGCCACGGGGAGAAGGCGAUAGCCUACUGUGAAAGUCACGAUCAGGCCCUGGUGGGAGACAAGACUUUAAUCUUCCACCUCUGCGAUGCAGAGAUGUAUACUAACAUGUCAACCCUCACUCCAAUGACCCCCGUCAUUGCACGUGGCAUGGCACUACACAAAAUGAUCCGUCUGCUCACGCAUGCGCUCGGCGGCGAAGGGUAUCUCAAUUUUGAGGGCAACGAGUUCGGCCAUCCAGAAUGGCUCGAUUUCCCCCGCGAGGGCAACAGCAACUCUUUCUGGUACGCGAGGCGGCAGCUGAACCUGACUGACGACCAUCUGCUCCGCUACCAGUUCCUCGACCACUUCGACAGGCUCAUGAACCUUUGCGAGGAGAAGUAUGGCUGGCUGCAUAGCCCGCAGGCGUACAUAUCACUCAAACAUGAGGGAGACAAGGUCAUCGUCUUCGAGCGAGCUGGUCUGGUCUUCAUCUUCAACUUCCACCCGACCAACAGCUACACGGACUACCGCAUUGGCGUCGAGGUGCCAGGCACGUACAAGAUCGUUCUCAAUACCGAUUCCAAGGAGGUUGGUGGGUUCAACUCGAUCGACGAGGACACGCGUUUCUUUACAACACCCAUGGAGUGGAACAAUCGCAAGAACUGGACGCAUGUCUAUAUUCCUGCCCGGUCUGCUAUUGUUCUUGGCAUCGACUCAUCAGAUACUCGGGCCCAAUAGCCGUCGUAGGUACGCCGGACAACUACAUCCCAGCCUUGAGCUCGGAAGGAGAAAGGGGGAGGGGGUUUGUUGGAGGGGGUUUGUCUCUUAUUCUCUGUCUUCAGGAGGCUCAAAAAGGAUAUAAGGGCGCGGAGAAGCUGCGAGUCAAAACGUAUGUCGGAGGAAAACUGGUUGUGGUUGUUUGCACUGCUAGAUUGCGACCAAAUCAGUGAUAGAUGAAUUUGCCACUUAAAUGAGAUCGCUUUUCUCCAGCGAAUAGAAAAGACGGCAGACCAUGAUCCGUCUGACGCUGUAC